AUGGGAAUCACUCAAUCAAUUCCUUUUGAAGAACAAAUACCUAAUACCCCUCCUACAGAAAUGCAAGAAAUUCAACCUGACGUUCCAUUAGUUAAUGCACAAAUUAAACAUGUUGUAUUAUAUUGCAUUGAUAAAAUGACAUUACAUGUUGACAAUGGUUCUCUUUAUUUUUUAAUUGAUUGUGCUAUAGAAGCACAUCUCGAAGCAUAUACAAUGAUUGAAGGUCAAAAAAAAAUUUUAGAGGUAAAAGAAUUACCAGCUCAAAUGCAACAACAAGUAUCAAUUCCAAAUAUAAAUAAUAUUUUAUCAUUAACUAUUGAUAUUACAAAAUCAAUAAAUGCUAAUGUCCCACCUACUGAAUAUAUCUUGAUUGAUUCUAUCUCUGUAACUAUCAUAUUAACUGGUGAAGUACCAAAAAUUUCUAAUCAACAAUUUCAUAUUGGUGAUGUUACAUAUAAUUCAUUUGAUGUGUUUGGUGUUGAUAAUAAUGAUGUUACUGGCACUGAUAAUCUUUGUGUUAUUUGUACAACAGACCCACGAGAAAUUUUAUUAUUACCAUGUAGACAUAUUACUAUGUGUGCAGGAUGUUAUGAAGAAGUUAAAGAACGAACACACCAAUGUCCAAUAUGUAGAACUCCAAUUACAGCAGCAAUUAAUUUUUCAAGAAAGUCUGUUCCAUUAAAAGGUGAUGCUACAGAAAUAGAAAUUGUUGAUACUAAAUGA